AUAUGUUAUUAAGGAAAAUGGCCCUAUAAAUAGUCUACAAUUAAACUAAAGUCUUCAUUUCCACACUAUUCCAAUAGAUAAAAAUAAAAUUACAUAUUACCUCUGUAAUAACCUCAGAUUACUAAAAAAUCUUGCAAACUUAAUUACAUAUUACAAACUCACCCCUAUAUAUUCCAAACUUCCAACUCAAACCAAAACACACAAAACCAAUAAUUUUCACUAAUCAACUAAUAAUGGCCAAAAACCUCUUACUAAUCCUCCUCGUGGCUUCCCUACUCCCUGCGAUUUACGCAGUUAAAUACAUCGUCACGAACAAUGUCCAAAAUACCCCCGGAGGAAUUUUCUUCGACCAACAAAUCGGAGUCGAUUUCACCAUUCAAACAAUGGGAGCUGCCAACCAAUUCAUAUGGAGGGUCUUCAAACAACGUACGCCCGACGAAAUAAAAUACGUGCCCGUCGUAAACGUAUACAUCUCCGAAUUCCCCGGGCCCGCCCUGGCGUAUACGAACGGCGACAACAUCAAUAUAAGCGCCUCGUCGCUAAAAGAUUUCUGCAUGCCUCUCGAAAAGGCGAAAUUUAAAUUUAGCGGAUUAAUGUACCAUGAAAUGACGCAUCUUUUUCAAUGGUCCGGUAAUAGAACCGCCCCCGGUGGAUUAACCGAGGGUACGGCGGAUUAUGUGAUGGUUAGAUCGAAUUUUUACGAUAAAGAUACGUAUACGAAACCGGGUACCGGGAAUAGGUGGGAUGAAGGGUAUGGUGUGACGGAGAGAUUUUUGGAGUAUUGUGAUAGUUUGAGAUUAGGGUUUACUGCAGAUUUAAACAAGAUGAUGAGAUAUGAAUAUAGUGAUAAUUAUUUUGUGCAGUUGUUAGGGAAAACUGUGGAUCAACUUUGGGGUGAGUAUAAAGCUAUGUAUGGAAACAUGCAUUAGUGAAUUAACUUAUAUGUAAUGAAAUAUAAAAUUGGAUGGUUUAUUAAUUAAUAAUUAU